AUGAGUAACGGUCCUAUUCUAGCUGGAUCUCCCAAUAAAAGCUGCUCCCGCGAUUCCCGGAGCAGCGACGGAGUCGGCGCUGAUGUGAGCAGCAGGAGCAGCAGUACCAGCGCCUCUCCUGUUGUCAAAUCCGCCAUUCCUCCAGCGAACGCAUCGAAAUCUUCUUCGUUCUUUGACACCACACCACCUGCUACCCUUUCUGACACGCCUCCCCCUUCCCGCUCUUUCUUAAGCUUGCUGCCUUUCGCGUCCCUGGGUUCCAAGCGCCUUCAGCAGCAGCAGCAGCAGCAGCCGUCGUCUCGUGCCGGCGUGUCAGCAGUGGGAGGCUCGCUGCUUGAGUUGCUCGACGAAGGAUGGUUCUCCAGCAAUGUCGCCGCUUGGCCCCACGAUUCCGAUUUAACCACAAUCCAGGAAGCGGUUAACGAGACAGAGGAUGCUGAUAACGGGGAUGCGCUUCCAGGGGUCACUGAAACGGGGAGGGUUGCUUGUGCGCACGUGGAUUUAAACGCUCCGAGUUCCGCCAGCAACUUCCGCGAAGGCGCAGGUGGUGCGGCAGCGGAGUGUGCUUGCGCGGCGGCUGAUGACCGAAUCAGCGGGGGUGCUUCGGCUGUGUCCGAACCAAGCGGUUGUUCCAGGUCUGGCAGUCCCGAGCCUGACCCUGAAGGCAGCUUCGGAAAGUACCGGCGCCGUCGCGGCCGUUCGGGAAGCAGGCGGCGACCGAAGCGAAGCAGCAGCCUCGACGCGGCGCGCAUGUCAAGACGCGUGUCGAUGCCUCCGCAUCCUCCGCUUCCGACGGACGAAGAACAGCGGGAUUCAAUAGAGACGCGAAGCAGCGACGGCGAAUGCUACGAGCGCACUACCUCCCCUUACGCUUCGUCCGGGCGGGGGGCGUACGCGGAGAGGCGGGGGAGCGGUGGGGAGCAUUUCUCGGCGUUUCACCCAUCUCCCCCUUUCCGCUGGUCAGAGCGAGGUACGGGGGCGGCGGAAACGGAGAAUGCGGCUUGCGGAAGCAGAAGCGCGGGGAAACCGCGGUAUCUGCGCACGCGGAGUGUGUCCGAUUAUGACUCGGCGGAGUACGAGCGCAACAGCUCGCUGCGCCAAGGCGCAUAUGAGGCGGAAGCGGACGCAGAGGGGGGAGAUGGGCUCCCCUUGACGCCCUCCGCGCGUGCAAGAAGCCUGACAGAGGCUGACGUGGAGGAGCUCCGGGGGUUCAUGGAUCUGGGAUUCAACUUCCGCCAGGCGGACAUGAGCGCGCGCAUGACCGCCACGCUGCCCGCGCUGCGCCUGUAUCACGCCGUGGGGAGCGUUCAGCAGAGACUCAUCUCCCGCCACCAUCACCACGUCGCUCCCGCUACAACCUCUCCUGCUACAGAUGCGGAUGGGGCUGCUGCAACCCUGUAUCCCGGCGGGUUGUCGCCUGGUGGUGCGGGGGCUGCUGCUGGUGGUGCUGCCGCGGGCAGCAGCGUGGCAGUGGGGGUUGGCAGCGGUACCUCGUCGCCACGGAUCUCGUGCUUCCCUGGGGACCCGUUCGUUAUCGCUCGCUCGGCUGAACCCCAUGCCAUGCUUUUUUCCCCUCCUUCCUCCCUCUCCUCCCGCAUUCCCCCCAUUUCUCAUCCCCAGCAGCAGCGAGGCAGCUCCAUGCCAUCGUCCCCACGCCACAUCCCAUCUCUCAUCAGCACCACCACCAGCACUACCUGCGUCAGGAGCCAUAGCCAUGGGCAUAGUCCAGAGCAUGAGCAGCAGCGGCAGGGGCAGAGGGGGGUGAGUGGCAGCCUGGAUGCGGAGUGGUCGUUUGCCAACCCACAAGACCCCCCCUCGGAUGUCAAGACACACCUCAGGCUCUGGGCUCAGGCCGUUGCCAGCACCGUCAGACAGACGUGCUAA